GCAAUACCCGCCACGACAGACAUCGAGGUCGAGGUUAGUUCCGCAGAAUGCGUUCUUUCCUGUCGGCGCCUAUAUGCCCAGCAUGUCAAUUCGCAGCGAAUAGUCGAGCCGUUAUCCCAUUCAUCUCUCGAACAUGGCCAACACAAAGAUUCUUCUCCGGUCGAGCAAGAGCUGGUCCCUCGAGAAUGGUAUUAUCUGAUCGCGUUGCACGCCCCCCAAGACGAGAUGCCCAAGAUCACGACAGCUCAACACCUCACCGAAGGUCACAAGGGCCGUUUGGUGGCAUGAAUCAGACAUAUGCAAACAUACGAGAGCCUACAUCGAGAAACUCGUUCCGAAAGAACGACGAUAGAAGUGGUGGGGAUAGGAGGGGUGGACAAAAUGAUGAACGGCGGAACAAGGCUAUGAAAAUGCGGGGCUCAUUGGCGACAAUAUCAUAUGGACACAGGACGAGGACGAAGGCAGGCAUGACAGAACUAGAAUCGUUCGAUAAAUUCGACCUUUUACCCUCCAUCAAAGAAGCUAUAUCUCAGGAUGUGCUGAAAGGUAUGGUCGGUAUUAAACCUACUCCUAUCCAACGACUUGCCAUCCCAGCCUUACUAGGCCAGACUGAGAGUAGGCGAUCUUUCCGAUCAAAUAAAUCCAAUGAGAGGCAGGAAUUCUUGCUGGCAGCGGAAACCGGUUCGGGCAAGACUAUGGCAUAUCUUUUGCCAGUAAUUGAUGCCCUCAAGAAAGCCGAGGCGGCUGAUCCUGCUAUUGCAGCUUACCAAGAGUACUUCACGAAACAGAUGAAGGAAAUGAAAGAGCCAGGAUAUACCGGUCCCCGCGAAUUUGAUCCUCAUCCAACAACAGCAAGGCCAAGAGUUGUUGUGUUGGUACCAACGGCUGAACUAGUUGAACAGGUAGGCAGCGUUGCUAAGAACUUGUCUCAUCUGGUCAAAUUUAGAGCGAGUCUUUUCUCUGCCAACAUUUCGGCCCUGGUCAUAAACUCGAACAUGUACAAGCCCUCGGGGAUCGACCUCAUCGUGUCGACGCCUCACUUAUUGGCAUCGAUGGCUGAUUCGGAUCCUAAUAUUCUAUCUAGGGUUAGUCAUCUGGUAGUUGACGAGGCCGAUUCUCUCUUCGAUCGUAGUUUUGCCCCUGUAACAACGGCUAUCCUAGAUCGCGCGCUGCCAUCUAUGAAACAACUCAUCCUAUGUUCCGCCACCAUCCCCAAAAAACUUGAAAGCUACUUAACUUCCGAAUUCCCGGCCAUGGUCCGACUCACCACACCCAAUCUUCACGCCAUCCCUCGACGUGUCCAACUAGGAGUCAUCGACGUGGUGAAGGACCCUUAUCGAAAUAACAAGGACCUUGCUUGCGCGGACGCUAUCUGGACUAUCGGCAAAGAUUCCGCGCGUCACGAGAGUUCCGUGCCUGGAGAGGUAGACGUUAAGCGUAUCAUGGUUUUCGUCAACGAACGCGAAAAGACGCAGGAAGUAGCCAACUACCUCGUUUCGAAGGGGAUCGAUGCUGUUGCGCUUCACCGGGACACUGCUGAGCACCGGCAGUCAGAGAUGCUGGGCUCAUUCACGACUAAUGAACCGAUGAAGGCCGCAAUUGACAAGUCGCCGGUCCCGCCACCCGGCAAGGGGCGGCGGAUUUUGCCCAACACUAAAGUUAUCGUAGCUACAGACCUAGCCUCGCGAGGAAUCGAUACCUUAGCAGUUCGUCACGUAAUAUUGUAUGACGUACCUCAUAGCACCAUCGAUUUCAUACACCGGCUAGGCCGCGCGGGUCGUAUGGGUAGAAGGGGACGAGGAGUCGUGCUUGUAGGCAAAGAUGACCGGAAAGAUAUCGUGGCUGAGGUCAGGGAAAGCAUGUUUAUGGGUCAGGCGCUUAUCUAGAGGCGGACAACUGUACAAAGUCAGCAGUGUGCAAUUCUGUAUAAUAGGAACCUGUAUAUCAACUCUAUGAACC